AUGGGACCAGGUUGGAUCUGCACGGUUUCGGCGGGUGGUGCUUCUUGGGACACGGCUGGUGGGCUCUCCCUGUUCUUCAUGGACAUUUGCUCUGUGGCUUUUGUGAGAGGCUUGAAACUGUGUUCAAUCUGUCUGGAAGUGUUCAGUGAUCCAGUCAGCACUCCAUGUGGACACAACUUCUGUAAGAUCUGUCUCAGUACAUACUGGAACAACAGUCAAGACUGCAGAUGUCCAAACUGUAAAGAAACAUUCAAGCAGAGACCUGAUCUCAAGAUUAAUACAACACUCAGAGACGUUGUGGAUGAACAUAAGAAGAAAUGUCAUGAAGAACAAGCUGAAGUUGUGUGUGACAUCUGUAGUGAAGGAAAGCUGAAGGCUGUGAAGUCGUGUCUGGUGUGUCAGAGCUCUUACUGUGAAACUCACCUGGAGCCUCAUUUGAGAGUGUCAGGAUUACAGAAACACAAACUGAUUGAUCCUGUGAAGAAUCUGCUGGAUUAUAUAUGUCAGAAACAUGACAGACCUCUGGGACUUUUCUGUAGAGAUGAUCAGACAUGUGUGUGUCUCAUCUGCACUGACGGAGAACACAAGAAUCACAACACUGUUCCUUUAGAAGAGGAGACUGAAGAAAAGAAGAUUCAGUUGUUAAAGACACAGACACACAUGCAGCAGAUGAUCCAAGACAGAAUCAAGAAGAUUCAUGAUAUCAAACAUUCAACAGAUCUUAGAAGAUCUGAGGUGCUGGAGAAGCAGAAAGCAGCAGAGAAACAUGAUGAAGAUGUCAUUAAAGAUCUGGAGCAGGAGAUCACUGAACUGAAGAAGAGAAACAUUGAGCUGGAGCAGAUCUCACACACUCAACAUCAUCUACAGCUCAUACAGUUUGUACCAAAGACAUUAAUAUUUACAAGAUGCUCCACUGCCGUUACAAUGAAUGGCGAGGAAUGCAACGCUCAACAUGGCCGCCCUGGUGAAGAAAGUCUGCCAGUAGAACGAGCCAAUCAUCAGUCAGUAAAGACUGAAGAUUCUCUGGGGCGGGGCUCUCGUGAUGAGGCGACCUCGAAAAAGGAGACACACCUGAAUGGCUUGAGAUGUCAGCAGAAGUCUUUGUCUGCUCUUCAUUUCAUCUCACUGCUGUUUGAGAGAAACAGAUUUUAUCUGUGGUUUCUUGUUCCUGUGGGAAUCUCCCUGCUGAUGAUGUUCUUUUUUAACACUGACCAACUAAUCAAUAAUGUUGAGUUGAAGUGGAUGCAGCAGUAUGCAGUGGAUGUGACUCUGGAUCCUGAUACGGCAAAUCCAUAUCUCAUUCUGUCUGAUGAUGAGAAACAAGUGAGAGAUGGAGGCAUCAUGAUCUUGGAUCGCAUAGAAAUGAUCUAUGAUCUCCCAGACAACCCAAAGCGGUUUGACAGCUUUCAAAAUGUCCUGGGAAAGGAGGGAUUCUCAUCAGGGAGAUUUUAUUAUGAGGUUCAGGUGAAGGGAAAGACUCAAUGGAUUUUAGGAGUGGCCAGAGAAUCUGUUGACAGGAAGGAAUUAAUAAUACCGACACCAGUGAAUGGAUUCUGGACUGUGAUUCUGAGGAAUGAAUAUGACGCUCUCGCAGGUCCCUCUGUCUCUCUGUCUCUGAGUGUAAAGCCACAGAAGGUGGGUGUGUUUGUGGAUUAUGAGGAGGGUUUGGUCUCAUUUUAUGAGGUGGAGUCCAGAUCUCAUAUCUACUCUUACACUGAUCAAUCCUUCACUGAGAAACUCUAUCCAUAUUUUUGUCCUGGUCUGAAUGAUAAAGGUAAAAACUCAGAACCGUUGAUCAUCACACCUGUCAAUUAUGAUCAAUAGAUAUAAAGUGUCAAAAUAUAUGAGUGUUUACGAUAAAGUGUUUUCAUUUAAUUAAAGAAUAAAUGUACAGAAAUGUUUUGUUGUACACCCAUUACAAAGUUUCUUCACAUCAUGUUAACUCUAGGUUGAACUAAUCAUUUUAGUGAUCAGAAAUGUGAAGAGAUGUGUUUUAUCGCACUCUGUUACUGGUGUUUGGUAAGGCAAUCAAAACGAUCACUAUUUGGUACUUAUUGUGACUCAUUGGGUCCUCUUAAGUGUGAACUUUGCAGUUAGUUCUUCCUUUAGUGAACUUGUUUUGUCCAAUAAUUUGAUAAUUUUUUUGUCCAAUAAUAUGUCAGAAAUAUGCAAAUAAAUCAACAAACCACAUGAGGACAAACCAAUAAUUAAUUUUCAGCUUGGAGUUUUUUAUGUUUUAAAAACUCCUUUGCACCUGAUGUGUUAAUGUUAACACAUCAGGUGUUUUGUGUCAUUUAUUUAACACAUUAUGUGUUCAGUUAAGGACAGCACAUUAGUUACUCACUCUCACGUCAUUCCAAACAUGUACCGUGUGACUUUCUUCUGCAAGAAAUAUCUUGAUCAAAAGAAGAUAUUUUGAAGAACAUUGGUAACUAAACAACACUGAACCCUAUUGACCCCAUCAAAUGAACACAAAACCACGGAGACAUUUCUCAAAAUAUCUUCUUUUGUGUUGCACAGAAGAAACAGUCAUACAGGUUUUGAACGACGUGAGGGUGAAGAUUUUUCUGUUUAUGAUUUUCUACUUACAAACUGUGUUUCUCCUUGCUUGUGAACUAUUAAACAUUUUAU